AUGCUAGCUCUGUCCGUAGGAACUUCUAUUCCAAGAGGAGAACUGCAAGGCAAGCACCUGCGCAGCGCUGAAGAAGACACCUUGAAGUAUCCGGAGAUGCUGAUGAACAGUACUCAGCUCCAGGAAACGCAGCAGAAGAAGGAGCUGCUGGCUGGGCAGAUAGUCACCGGCAGCCUGCUGUCCCUCCUGAUCCUCUGGACCCUUUUUGGUAACAUCUUGGUAUGCACUGCGGUGAUGAGAUUCAGGCACCUACGCAGUAGGGUGACUAACAUAUUUAUUGUGUCUUUGGCCGUCUCCGAUCUCCUGGUGGCCCUGAUAGUCAUGCCAUGGAAAGCUGUAGCAGAAGUGGCAGGUCACUGGCCAUUUGGAGCCUUCUGCGACAUCUGGGUGGCCUUUGACAUUAUGUGCUCCACUGCAAGCAUCCUAAAUCUUUGUGUAAUCAGUGUGGAUAGGUAUUGGGCAAUUUCUAGCCCUUUUAGGUAUGAGAGGAAGAUGACCCAAAAGGUGGCUUUGUUGAUGAUCAGUGCUGCUUGGACUCUCUCUGUCCUCAUUUCUUUUAUACCAGUGCAAAUGAACUGGCAUAAAAACAAUAAAGAUAGCCAGACUUUGGGUAAUCAAACUGUAGUGGACUGUGACUCCAGUCUGAACAGGACCUAUGCUAUCUCCUCCUCUUUAAUCAGUUUCUACAUUCCUGUAGCCAUCAUGAUUGUGACCUAUACACGGAUCUAUAGGAUUGCUCAAAUUCAGAUCAGGAGGAUAUCCACCCUAGAAAGGGCAGCGGAACAUGCCCAGAGCUGCAGGAGCAACCGGGUGGAUUGCAGGCAUCACCACAACAGCUUAAAAACUUCUAUCAAGAAAGAGACCAAAGUCCUAAAAACAUUAUCUAUCAUUAUGGGAGUAUUUGUGUGCUGCUGGUUACCAUUUUUCAUUUUGAACUGCAUGGUUCCCUUUUGUGAUAGGUCUUCUGGACACCCAAAAGUUGGACUACCUUGUGUAAGUGAGACCACUUUUGACAUCUUUGUCUGGUUUGGUUGGGCUAACUCUUCAUUAAACCCCAUUAUUUAUGCUUUCAACGCUGAUUUUCGUAAGGUCUUCUCCAAUCUUCUGGGAUGUGGAAAUUGGUGUUCCACCACCCCUGUUGAAACAGUUAACAUCAGCAACGAGCUUAUUUCCUAUAACCAAGAUACCAUAUUUCACAAAGAUAUUAUAACUGCUUAUGUCAACAUGAUCCCCAAUGUGGUGGCUUGUAUAGAUGACAAUGAUGAGACUUUUGAUCGAAUGUCACAGAUCUCUCAAACAUCACCUAACAAUGAGCUAGCUACUGGUUCAGUAUGUGACCUGGACUGUGACACUGAUAUCUCAUUACAUAAGAUAACACCUUCCAUGCCAAACGGUUUACAUUAAACUGAUCUUCUAAAUUAUUGGUGUAAUUGUCCUGAGGACAUUAUAUUUGCUCUUUCACAUUGUUUGCUAUAAAUGUUCACUUAAA